AGAGGAGGAGAUAAGAGCAGCUUUAGCCCUGAAGAAAAACAUCAUUCUUCCCAGAACCUCUGAGCUUGUAUGGAAACGCAGAGUUCAACCAUGAAGUUUCAAAUUCUGGCUUUGCUCCUGCUGUUGGCUUGCAUGUAUCCCAGCAUCGCACAAGGUUACUAUGAAAACUGUUGUUUGAAAUAUGUCACAGGCAUCAAGAAAAACAUGAGAAGAAAUAUUAUGAGUUACAGAGUGCAGCUAACAGACGGAGGAUGCAACAUUCCCGCUGUUGUUUUCAAGAUGAGGCUCAAAAAACAGUUAAAACCAAAGUCAGUCUGCGCCGAUCCAAGAAGUGACUGGGUCCAGGCGAUAAUAAAGGAGCUGGAUGAGAAAAACAAAAGAGCUAUGUAGAAACAGCUUUGUUUAAUCGUUUGAUUUAAUGCACAAACGUAUGUUAAUAUCACACAUUAAUGUCAUGUUUAUAUCAAUCCUGCUGAGAUAUACAUAUAUUUUUGCAUCAUUACUAUCUUCAUGUAGCAGUUCAUAAUGGACUUUUUUUUGUAUGUUUUGCUUCUGUUCGUUGUAUUAGAACAUCAUGAAUGUAUAUAAAACUGUGAAUGUUUGCUCUUUCGUUCUCUGUUAUCCAUAAAGAAUCUGUUUUAUACUUUAUUUGCGCAAAUAUAUUUCUACUUUUGAUGUUUUACUCGAAUAUAAUCUGUGAACUGCAUUGCUGACCUGUAAAUGUGUGUGUGCGUGUAUGUUUGUGUGUGUCUCCUUGUAUACAUUGAAUGUUUUUUAAUAAAGUAUUGUGAUUGUACAUUUAA